UUGAGAAAGUACGACACUUAAGUUAUGAAAAGGAUUGAGACAAUAAACCCAAAUUAACAGGGAAGUUCACGUGAAGAGGGCAAUGAACCUAUAGAUAUAGGAGUCUAUCCUUCUUCACUUUAUUAUAGCUAUCGAAAGUCUACGGUGUCAAUUGUGAUUACUGAUUAGACGUACGUCUCUUCUUCUUGUUUCUUUGUCUUCUAUCACUCUAUUAUUCGUUGACCAUUUUACCUCCAGAGAUAAUGUAUACUCAUUUAUAUCAUACUUAAUCACAAAUACUGUAAGGAUCCAAAGCUAAACCCUACUCAUGAAUUCUAACGGAUAACAAAAGGAAAGAAAGCAAACAAAAUUCUAGCAUCAAUAUAUACCUAGCCAUUGUCUUACAGAACUUAUUCACCUACUCAUCCACUAAAAAACUUGUAUCCGUAGAUCAAAUAUUGAGAGAAACUAAACCAGAAAUGGAGUAAUUAAACCAGAAAUUAAAAGAAAACCUAACCCUAGAAACUAAGUGUAGAGGGUAAUAAAUAUUGGAAAGAACAAAAAAAUGAAGUAAAUAGGUGUGGGUCCAUGUUUAUGAUGGCAUGUGACAAACAAUCAAAGCCCACACCAUUAAUUGGAGAUUGAAGAAGAAACAAUGCUUUUGUAACACCACUUCAAUUCCUUUUUUCUCUUGUUUCCUAUUCAGUACUGUGUCCUGAGGACUGCCCAUAACUUGUUUUGUCUUUUUAUCUCAGUUUCCACAUGAAAAAAAGAAUCAACUCAGGACAAAGAAGAAUGAUUACCAUGAAAUCUAAGUGUUAGUAUUAGUUUUUGCUAUAAGACAUUCGCAAUUUUUACUGUAGGAUAAGUGAAGACGCUUUUGGCCACUAUUAUAUAAAUAACCUGUCUGCAAUGCCGCAAUGUGGAGCUUUCUUCACCAACUAAAUAAUCAUUUCGCUUCAUUGAAUGAAAAAAUGAGUCCUCUCUGCAGAUAAAUUUACAUACAAAAGACAUUAGAAAACAACAAAAAUUCCACAGAGAUAGAGAGAGGAAGAGCCUUGAAAUAUUUUAGAUUUCAGAAUACAUGGGUGGUGCUACAAGCAAGCAGGAGAGACACAGUUCUAGGAGACGGAUCAAGGUGAAAUCGAAUGAACAGAUAUGGAGACCAACAAGAAAAGAGCUUGAUGAGAAAGAGAGAGUGAUUGUGGCUCUGAAGACGGCAGAGAAAGAGUGGAGGAAAGAGAGGAAGAGACUGAGAGAGGAAGUGAAGAGGCUGAGGCAGAAGAUGGAAGAGAAAGAAGAAGCAAAAGCGAAACAACACGAGUGGGAAUGGGUCGUGGAACAGAUGUGUGUAGAGAGAGCCGUGAGGGAAGAGGCUGUGGAGAGGUGGAAACAGCUCUAUUUCGCUAUCAAGAAUGAGCUUGAUGAUCUCAUCCAGACAACAUAUGGUAAAACUUUUCACAACANUGUCCUGAGGACUGCCCAUAACUUGUUUUGUCUUUUUAUCUCAGUUUCCACAUGA